AUGACGAGUUUAAGUUCAAUUAAGGUACCUUUGUUUGAAGGUAAAAACUUCGAGCACUGGAGGUUGCAGAUGGAAAAUAUUUUCACAUACCAAGAGGUAUGGGAUAUUGUGAAAGAUGGUUAUGUAGAACCAGUAGAAGGAGCUGUAGUUGAAGAAGCUGCGCAAACCCUAUUAACUGAAAACAUAAAGAAGAAUUUUAAAGCCACAUACAUUAUUCAUCAAGGUAUUCAUGAAUCUCUCAUGGAAAGAGUGAUUUAUAUUAAGCAAGCUAAAGCAGCAUGGGAUGGUUUGGUAAGCUACUACACAGGAUCUGACAAAGUCAAGAAGGUUAGAUUACAAACUCUGAAGAGAAAGUAUGAAUUGCUGCAGAUGGAAACUACUGAAACAAUAUCAGAUUUUUUCUCAAAAACAUUAAACCUUGUCAAUGAUAUGAAAAAUAAUGGUGAUACUAUAGAAGAUUCAUCCAUUGUAGAGAAGAUUUUAAAAAUAUUGCCUGAGAAAUUUGAAUCAAAGGUUACUGCCAUAGAAAAAUGCAACACAGUUGCAACUAUGACUCUUAAUGAGUUGUUGGGUUCAUUACAAGCUUAUGAACAAAGAUUACAAGAGAAAAUAGUUGCUGCAAAACAAGUUUAA